AUGGGAUGCGGGGGGAGCCGAGCCGAUGCUAUCGAGCCGCGCUACUACGAGAGCUGGACCCGCGAGACCGAGUCCACCUGGCUGACGAACACCGACACCGAGCCCCCGCCGCCGGCCUGCGGCCACGAGAGCGCCCGCGCCGAGGCCGGACUGCGAGACCAGGGCGCGCCGCACCCGGGUAUGCUGGAGGAUGAAAAAUCAACUCAGACCUGUGUUACCAUGUCCUCGACUGCAAGUGGAAUAAUUAACACUGAGAAGAAAACUAGCUGUGGUACUCAAUGCACAAAACCCACGGUCCAUGCCUCUGGAACUAUGACACAGAAACACAAUGGCUUCAGAACAGCAGAGGCUAAAUGGGACACCAAGAAAAUGCCCACAAAAGAAGUCACCAUUAAUGUUACAAAAAGCAUCAGACAAAUUGACAGCGACAGAAGAAUCACAAAGAAUUGUGUCAAUUAA